AUGGAGCAGGUCAAAAAUCAGGUUCAGAAUAGUAAUGGAUACAGGUGCGUAGCGGGAUACGCGUGCGGCGCGUGGCGUACGUACGCGCACGCGCUUGCACCAAUGGACGCGAUUCUAAGCUGUCAUGGCCGAUGCUUUCAGGCGGUCGAUGAAAUCCAGGAGCACACCUGCGGGAUGGCACGGGGUAACGUGCCGACUGCCGAGGGAUGCGCGGGGGCAGGCUUCCGGCGCGUGCGCGAGUGGGGCUUCGCAGUUCCGGCAUGCGCGUUGCCAGUGCGCCGGCUCGACGCCAAGCCGGACGCGCGGGAUUCGAGCACUGCCUUAUCCCCGUUUAAUGACCUCCCGAUGACGCACCGCGAUCGAUUCCAC